UUUCUUCUCUUGUGUAUAUAAACUAUCCUUCUGUUGAAAAUUUUCUCAUAUUUCUUCAUCUAAUUUUAGUUCAUCUACUAAAAAUGGCUUUAAAAUAUGCAAUAGUCAUUAUAGGACUCUUAGCUUGGGUUGUUCUUGUUCCUUCAAAGAUAGUUGCAAGAGAUCUUCCUCAGACUUUCUCUAGCUAUGGAGCAGGUAGUGGCAUUGCCAAGGAUAUAUUAGUUGGAGGCAGCCCUGCUCAUGCCCCAAACCAAGCAUAUAGGGAAGAAAAAUCAGAAUCAAAUGUUGGAUUAGAUGGAUUGGUUAAACAAGGUAGCGUGGAAGGAAGUCUUAUUAGACAUUGUUAUGUAUUUUGUUGCGCCUUGGGAAAGUGUAUAUGUUGUGAUCAUCACUUUUUGUCUUCCUUUGAUCCAUUACCUGCGGGUAACUAAAGAAUAAUGUGUUGUUAGAAAUAAUAUAU